AUGUCUACCUCGACUGUUACGGAAACCGAAACACCACAGCCUAAACCAGGAGACUCUAUAGUCUGGCGCUUCAACGAUGACCCAAUGCCCAAGGUCCCGCAGACAGGCGGUUGUCGCUGCGGUACCGUCCGCUUCCACAUCCAGCACGAGGUCUUGACCAAGCAGCCGGGCUUUCAUAUCCCGGUAAAAAUGUGUAAUUGUAGCAUCUGUGGGCGCAACGGCUAUCUCAUGAUCUUUCCAGAACGUGACGAAAUCGAAUGGAUCUCUGGAAAAGACACCCUAUCCGAGUAUAGGUUUGCAACCGAAAAGAAUGCCCACAAGUUUUGUGGCCGCUGUGGAAGCAGUGUCCUGAUGGAUCCUGAAGGGACAUGGAAAUCGUGGGCUGGUGAUGUGGUCGGCCUCAAUGUUCGCAUGCUCGAUGAUUGGGAUUUUGAGGAUUUACAUUUGCACAAGAAGAAUAGAAAAGAUUGUGAUCCUUCCAAGUACGCGACGCAAAUAAAGGCUGAAUGA